AUGAGCGACAUGGACGUCGAGAUGACCGAAGCAAAAGAUUUGGCGGCUGUCAGUGACGACGACCAGCCCGCCAACGAUGAUGUCAAGAUGGUGGAUACAUCGAGCGAUACGGAAGCUCCGAACCAAGAAAUCGUGGACUUUGAGAAACUACAUGCAUUGUUGGGACCGAUAAAGAGCGCUGGUGAUUUGAUUCAGGGCAAGCAUGUGAUGCUCCUGAUUGGAUUGACCGGAGCAGGAAAGACGACUACCACUUUGUAUUUGGCUGGAGCAACAUUCGAAGAAGAGGAUGUUGACGGAUACAGCCACUACAAGCCAAAAGAGCUACCCAACCCUGACUUGUUGCAAUUCGCGGUGUCGGGAGGGGCAACUUCCGUGACCAAGUCGAUCCAUGCCACGACGAUCGAACUAGAGGGCGAAGAUGGCGCCAAGCAACCCAUUACCAUUUGUGACACGCCCGGCUUUGGAGACACAAAGGGGCCCGAGAUGGAGAUUGCCAACAACUUGGGCAUUAUUCAUGCUCUCAAACGAGCUGCUUCGAUCAAAGUUGUCGUGGUUUUGGAUCACCGAACCAUGGACGGAGCACGUUGGCAACCACUCCGACAGAAUCUCUCCACCGUGGUCGCAAUGAUGGGGAGAGACAAACCCAUUGACUUUUCAACUUUCGGUUACGUCUUUACUCGAUGCGAAGGCAGGAGCAAGAAACGUAUUCACAAGCAGCUUGCGGGGUUUCAGAAGACCUUGCGAAAAGAUCCAGCCGGAAUUCUAGGCGGCAAUGUCGGGGACAAGGACAUUUUGGAUGCGAUGCUGACGGAUAUGAUUUCCAAAACACAACCUGGGGAUGCCAUUUGCAUUGAUCCAGAGGAAUCAGACGAUGCCGCCGACACAUUGAAAAGCCUUUGGAGCGGAGGCAGGCUCGAGAAUCCAGCAGAAGCGUUUGUCAACUUUUGCUCCAAGCAAUCCAUGGCCGCCUUGAUGCUUCAAUUCAAGGCAACAGUCGACACGUUGGAGAAUUCCCUGCGAGAUGUGGAUCUCAAGACGGCAGAGGUUUUCCUUCACCAGAUGACUCGCAUGGCUGAAGCCUUAUCAUUGUCAGCCGUCGACGAAGCGGUCGAACAAGGAACCCAAAGGGUAAAGAGCUUCGUGGAGCAGCUUCAGUCAGAGAUUGAAUCCUUGACGCAGCAAAUGGCCGCUCAGGGUAUCCCUCUUGCAGAGUUCGAGCGGGUAGCAAGGGCUAUUCCGCCAAAGCUCACUUUGAUGCAGCAGACGCGGGAGCUGUGCAACGUAUCCGGAUUGGCUUUUGAUUGCAACUCCAUUUUGGCGCCUACCCUCGACAAGCUCUUCUCAAUUGCUCGGAACCCCAUCAAAGAAAUCAGGGCCAACCCCACGGACGUCAUACCGAACCAAGACGUGCUCCAAGGUGCGAUUCUUCGGCUUUCUUGUUUGGUAGCGAACUUCCACGGCCUUGCAGGGAGGGAGCGAAUUCAAAACGAGUGCUCCACAUUGACAGAGAGUGUUAGUGACAUGAUCAAGCCAGUCCUCACCUUGGCCACGUCUGCGCUCGUGGAGGAACCGCCAACAAGUGACGCUCUAAAUGGCUCCAUCGACGAAUUGGUGUUUCUAUUAGGCAUGAAGGAGUUUCUUGACGCUAACAAGACGUCCUUCCUUGAUCAAGAAGAAACGACUCCAAUUAGGUGGCUAAGCGCUGGGUUGGAUGAUCUUAGUGAGAGUCUGUCCAAGCAGAGCGUGGACUGUGUUAGCCAGCUAUCUCAAGUGCACAGUGCAUUGCAAGAACUCUUGCAAGACACUGACUCGUGGAGUUGUGCCUCUUUGCUAGUCCUCAAGGAGGCCGCCGAGUACUGCGAGAGUCGAGCCUUCUUGCUUGCCCUGUCCUCGUCUUCCCGUGUUUCUACCAUGGUGCCUGAGGAUGAUGAUGAGCCCAAGCAUGAUGCAAAACACGUGGUCAAGAGGUUUGAUGAGAAAGUGAUCAAGUAUUUAUCGAAGGUUGCUGAAUUUGUCCAAUGCGGGUCAAAGCAACUGAUCGAUGACAAUGCAAAGGAUGCAGCUACCCGCCUCAAGGAAGCCAAGGAGCUCGUAGUAUUCGCAGCUACGGUUGGAAAUUCCUGCGAAAAAUUGGCAGAACUGGAUGCAUCCUUGAUUCGAGAAGUGGAGAAGGAGCUCUUUGGGGCUCAGAAAGAGUUGAAGCUUUUUAUUGAAGAGUCCAAGAAGAGUCCAGGCCAUGGCAUUCGUCGUCCAAAACUGUUAGAGCCAACUUCACAAGAACUUGCUCGGGCAACCAGUGCCAUGGCCAAGAAAGGUUUGAAAAGUUGGUAUGAAAAGUGUAAGGAUUUACGAGCCUACAAGAUCAAGCAUGGACACUGCAACGUGCCAACAAAGCAUCCAAGGCUUGGAAUUUGGGUCCAACAACAACGGGUUGAAAAGAAGAAAUACGAAAGGGGCCUGAAGACCUCGAUGACAGACGAGAAACUGGAACAUUUGUCUGCCUUGGAGUUUAAGUGGCAGGUCAAGGCUGACCACGGAGAUGCCUGGAACUGUCAGUUUGAAGCUCUCAAGAAAUUCAAGGAGGAACAUGGCCACUGCCGAGUACCCUGGAAAACUCCCAAACUUGGCAAAUGGGUUUCUGAUCAAAGAAGUCAGUAUCGAGCCAUGUGUGCCGGGCGGAGUGAGUGGAACGGGGGGCGGCCAAUUACCAUGAAGAACGAGCAGGUUGCAAAAUUGAAGGCAAUAGGUGCACUUGAUGGCGUUGCAUGA